UUUAAGUUAUUUUACAAAAAAACAUAAAAAAUCACAAAAAAAAAAGCAAAACAAGCAAAAGAAACCUGUGCAAAUAAAAUUGAUGUGCGCGAUUUUCAAAUAUCUAUCACAUAUGUCUCUCGUGUAUGGGGACAAGGAUUUCACUUUUGAGUGCCAAAUCGCCGGCAAUUGAAAACUAGUUCAAGGCUGCCUACCUGCUGCUGCUCUACACCAAUCUUUUUCCGCCACAAGCUGUGACAGACCCAGAUUGACAGAAGGAGCGAGAGAUCGGGACAGGGGAGGCAGGCAGAGAAAGAUACUGUCAACAUGGAGCUAACGAAAGAAACGGAGGUGCGUCCGGACUCGAUUCCGGACCUCAAAGUGGAUGCCACAUUUCGUAAGGUGCCCAAGAAUGCGAUCAGCUUUGCGAUCUGGAAAAUCGACGAGGAUCGACUUGAGGCAGUGGCUCGACCACAGUACGGCACCUUCUACGACAAUUGUGCGUACAUCAUCUAUGCCGCGAAUCUAGUGGGUCACUAUGCCAGUCAAGAAACGAUCACGCGUGAACAGAAACCGAAUGUGCCGCUGGAGCGCUAUAUACACUAUUGGCUGGGCAGCCAGGUCUCCGAGCAGAAUCGUUCCAAUGUGGUGCACAAAAUCCAAGAGCUGGACACGUAUUUGGGCAAUGUGGCAUCGAUCUAUAGAGAGUCGCAGCAUCAUGAGAGUGCACGCUUUCUGUCCUAUUUCAAGAAUGGCUAUGACGUGCUCUCCGGCAGUUUGUUGAAUGCACCGAAGCAAACGCGUCUCUUUCAGCUCUACGGCCGCAAAUGGUUGCGUGCCAUUGAGCUGGCGACCGUUGACUGGACGCACUUCAAUUCGGAUUACAUAAUGGUGCUGCUAAUGGACGCCAUGACAUUCGUCUGGAUUGGACGCUCCAGUGCCGGUAUCGAGCGACGCAGCGCUCUGGCCUGGGUGCAGCGACAGCAGCGCAAGGAUGUGCCGCUCUGUGUCGUCGACGAUGGCUACGAGCAGUCGAUGAGUGUCGAGCAGAAGGAGCUCUGGAACAAGGUGUUGCCGCUGCAGCAUCGCAUGGUCUAUCAGGCACGUCAGUCGGGCGGUGAUUACGACUCCAGCAACUGCUGCGGCAACGGCAUCAAUGGCAUCAAUGGCAUCAAUGGCCUCAACGGCAGCAGCAAGAGCGAUGCCAAUGCCAACAAGUUUCGCAUUUACAAGUGCAAUCAGCGUGGGCGACUGCAUCUGGAUCAGCUAGACGUGGGCAUGCCCAGCAAGGACGAUCUAAGCGAUGCGAACGGCGUCUAUUUGCUCGAUAAUUUUGGGCAGAGUAUUUGGCUGUGGGUGGGCGCUCAGGCGACCCAAGCGGAUGCGCUCACUGCCAUGGGCAAUGGUCGCGCCUUUGUCAAGAAGAAGAAGUACCCGAACACUACUCUGGUGGUGCGUGUGCUAGAGGGCCGUGAGCCCGUGGAGUUUAAACGUCUUUUUGGAAACUGGCUCAGCGUUUGGCAGGAUAAUACGCGCGGCCACAAGCCCGUCUCGACCAAGUUUGGCAAACUGGAUGCCGUCCUGCUCGGAGAGCGACCCAAGAUGGCUGCCGAUACGCAGCUGGUCGACGAUGGACGCGGCGAGCGCAUCAUCUAUCGCAUCUGCGGCGACGAAAUGGAGCAGCUACCACCGGCCAAAGCUACGGUGUUCACCACCAACGCCUCCUAUGUGGUCAACUACACGGUGCAGUGCGCCACCGUUGUGCCCGCUGAUCUGGCCUCAGUGGGCAUUAAGAGCAUCAUCUAUCAGUGGAACGGCUCCGAGGCGUCAGCCGAGACAAUAGCCAAGGCCGACAGCUAUGCCAUGGCCAGCUUCGAGUCUCUGAAAGAGCCCGGCAUGUUCGUGCAACUCUACGAGUUCGAUGAGACGCCACACUUCUUGCAAAUGUUCGAGGGCAAAUUGAUAAUCAUGCGCGGCCAGCGCAGCGAGCUGCUGCACUCCAAUAACAACCUGAACUGGGACUUCAAGACGAACAUAAUGCUGGAGACGUUUCUGCUGAAGAUCUAUGGCGAUGCCAGCUACAAUGCCAAGGCAGUUGAGGAGCAUCCGCUGUCCUCGAUUAGUUCCAAGGAUUGCUACGCCAUCAAGACGAACCAUGUGUGGGUCUGGUGUGGCCAGAGCAGCACGGGCGAUGCUCGGGAAAUGGCCAAGGCGGUGGGCGCCCUGCUCGGCGAGAGCUCCCUGGUGCUGGAGGGCAAGGAGAGCAAGGAGUUCUGGCAAUCGGUGGCCAUGUACUUCAACCAAUCGCUGGUCAUCAACGGCCAGUCGUGCUCGAGCAGCACCACCAGCAGCAGCAGCAGCGGCGCCGGCAGCAUGUGCAACGGUAGCAACAAUAGCAACGGCAAUGGCACUGGCAACAUCUCCCCGACACUGAGCAACAAUUGCUAUUUGAAUACAACGAUGCCCAGCAAACCGCGUCCGCCGGUGCAGCUCUUCCUGGUGUGGUGGGAGCAAAGACACUUGCGUUGCGAGGAGAUACUCGGCUUCGAGCAGCGGGAUCUCAGCGGCGACUGCACUUACAUACUCGACACGGGCACCCUGGCCUAUGUGUGGCUGGGCGAGCAUGCGGUCAGCCAGGAGCGCGAACGCUACACGACCGUGGCGCAGAGCUAUGUGCAGAAUGCGCCAUUCGGCAGACGCGCGGCCACGGCGCUGGCUGUGGUGCGUCAGCAUGCGGAGCCGAAUGUAUUCAAGGGUUUCUUUGAGACCUGGGACAAUGAGCUGGGCAAGGGUUUUGUAACCUACGAGCAAAUGCGUCAGAAACUGGCUACCAUAGCGCCCAGCAAUGGCCUCAAAGAAGGCUCUGCUCUAAUCCUAAACAACAACCAAAAGGAUUUCGAUGGACACAAGAAGUAUCCGUUGCCAGUGCUGGUGCAGGAAAUGGAUAUGCUACCGCCCGAAAUCAAUCCGCUGAGACGCGAAGUUCACCUCACGCAUGACGAUUUCGUCUCCGUCUUUAAAAUGUCCUUUUAUGAGUUUGAUGAGCUGCCCAAAUGGAAGAAGCAGGAACUAAAAAAACUCUAUAAAUUAUUUUAAGCAAUCAAUUUUAAAUUGUUUUUAGCACACACUCACACUUUUACACAUAACCUGUAAAUAGUACGUUUUAAAUGGCUUUCUUUACUUAUCUGGAAUAGUAAUAAAGCAAUUUUAGGUAUAUUUUAUCCUUCGUAGAUU